UUCAGUAAUAAGUCCAUUUCACAUUAAUAGUUUUUCAAGAGACAUCUCAACUUUCAACUGUCAAGUUUUCGGACGAAGUUAUAAAAAGAAGAAAAAUAAAAUCAAAACUUUCCCUUUAAAUAGGAAUGGUAAUUGACCAUUCUCUUUAGCUUUUCAUUGUUCAACAAUUGUGAAUUAUUUUCCUUCAAAAUGGCCUUUCAAGAAAUAAAUUAUAGUUUAACUGCCUUGUUGGAGAGCACAGAAGCAUUUCUUCAAAUCCUUCUUGGUGUCCCUGCAUAUAAAAAAACUAAAAGAUAUUGUUUGAAUCAUCCAUUUAUAGCUGCAGCAGUAUUGUCAAUUGCAUUUUUUUCUCUUGUACCUAUGAUGUUUUUCUUGGGCUUUAUCAUCACAACUCUUGCUUUUGCAUUACUGUGCUUUUUUUGUAUUGAAGGUUCUCUUAUUGCUAUAAGUGGUCUGAUUUUCAUUGGAGUUGUGUCCUUCAUUUCUAUUAUUGUGGCAACAAUUUUAUCAGGAAUGGCUAUUUUUGUGUGGGCUUUACAGAAGAUAGGGAUAAGCCUGAGACCUUACAAGUGUGCAUCUCAAAGUUUUACUAAUCAAAAUGAAGGAAACCAUGAAAUAAUUCACGAAGAGAAUUCAAACCAUACUGAAUGAACUGUUCUACCUCAUUAAUGAUCUGAUAUGUUCUUAAUAACCCUGUGAUCAAUGUUUAUGUAUUUAUUGUACUUUUCAAUAUUAAUGUAUUUUUAUACAGUAUUUUAUAUUAAACCUAUAUUUUUGUA